CAACCUAGUCCCCUUCAUUUAUUUUCUUCUUUUUCGUUUCUUUUUACAAAAUUCAUAUGCAGCAAUGUUGCCAUAGCGCAUUGCAUACGAGCGUUGCGAGUGAGUGAAAGAAAGAAAAAAGAACGAGAAAGAAAAUUCAGAGGCUCACACCAAAAACGCUACUCAGAUCCAAUUUCUUUUUCACUCUCAGAUCGAAAACCAAAUAAACCGGAUCCGCUCGACUUCCGAUCAUGAAUGCAUUCUCUUCUCCCGCGCGUCUGAGGGACAUGAUUCGGGCCAUACGUGCUUGCAAGACUGCAGCAGAAGAGCGUGCUGUUGUUAGAAAAGAAUGUGCUGCCAUUCGUACUUCUAUAAAUGGAAAUGAUCAACACUAUAGGCAUCGGAAUCUGGCCAAGCUAAUGUUCAUCCACAUGCUUGGCUACCCCACUCAUUUUGGUCAAAUGGAGUGCCUCAAGUUGAUAGCAUCUCCUGGAUUUCCGGAGAAGAGAAUGGGUUACCUUGGUCUUAUGUUGCUUCUUGAUGAAAAACAAGAAGUUCUAAUGUUGGUCACCAAUUCUUUGAAACAAGAUCUUAAUCACACAAAUCAAUAUAUUGUGGGACUUGCUCUUUGUGCUCUAGGAAAUAUUUGUUCAGCAGAAAUGGCUCGUGAUCUUGCCAAAGAGGUUGAGAGAUUACUGGAUUUUCGAGAUCCUAAUAUACGGAAGAAGGCAGCAUUGUGCUCUGCAAGAAUCAUAAAGAAAGUUCCAGACUUGGCCGAAAAUUUUGUUGGCCCUGCUACUGCCUUACUAAGGGAGAAACAUCAUGGAGUUUUGAUCACAGGGGUUCAGCUUUGUACAGAUUUGUGCAAAAUUAGCUCAGAAGCUCUUGAGCAUGUUAGAAAGAAAUGCACGGAUGGUUUGGUCAGAGUUCUAAAGGAUUUAGCAAAUAAUCCUUAUUCACCAGAGUAUGAUGUUGCUGGUUUCAUGGACCCUUUUCUGCAUAUCAGAUUGCUUAGACUGUUGCGGGUAUUGGGUGAAGGUGAUGCAGAUGCUAGUGAUUCUAUGAAUGACAUACUUGCUCAGGUGGCUACAAAGAUUGAGUCAAAUAAAACCAUUGGCAAUGCCAUCUUAUAUGAGUGUGUUCAAACAAUAAUGAGCAUUCAAGAUAGUGGUGGCUUACGGGUUCUUGCCAUUAAUAUUCUAGGAAAGUUCUUGUCGCACCGAGACAACAAUAUCAGAUACGUGGGAUUAAACAUGUUGAUUAAGGUUGUCAUUGCGGAUGUUCAGGCAGUGCAGAGGCAUCGAGCAACGAUUCUGGAAUGUAUAAAGGAUUCUGAUGCUUCAAUUCGGAGAAGAGCCCUUGAACUUGUUUGUAUUCUGGUGAAUGAAACUAAUGUGAAGUCCUUAACAAAGGAGCUAGUAGACUAUCUGGAAGUCAGUGAUCAAGAUUUCAGGGUAGACCUUACUGAAAAAAUUUGUUCAAUAGUUUCAAAGUAUUCCUCAGAGAAGAUCUGGUACAUUGAUCAAAUGCUCAAGGUUCUGUCUGAGGCUGGGAACUUUGUGAAAGAUGAAGUAUGGCAUGCCUUAAUUGUUGUGAUAAGCAAUGCUUCUGAACUUCAUGGAUAUACAGUAAGAGCAUUAUACAAGGCAUUUCAGAGGUCAGCUGAACAGGAAACUCUUGUUCGCGUUGCAGUGUGGUGCAUUGGAGAGUAUGGUGACUUCUUAAUCAACAAUGUCGGAAUGCUUGAUGUAGAAGAUCCCAUAAAGGUGACUGAAUCAGAUGUUGUGCAUGUUGUAGAGAUGGCUUUAAAACGCCACUCAUUGGAUAUUACCACAAAAGCAAUGACUUUGGUUGCCCUAUUGAAGCUAUCUUCACGGUUUCCUUCUUGUUCAGAGAGAAUCAGGGAAAUAGUCAUUCAGUACAAAGGGAACUUUGUGUUAGAAUUGCAGCAAAGAUCCAUAGAAUUCAAUUUGAUUAUUGCAAAGCAUCAAAACAUUAGGCCUACACUUGUAGAGAGGAUGCCAGUUCUGGAUGAGGCUACUUUCAUUGCCAGGAGGGCCGGAUCUUUGCCAGAUGCAGCUUCAACACCUACAAAUCGAGUAGCCAAAGCUGUGGCUCCUAUUGUAGAUCUCCUCGAUAUAAAUUCAGAUGCUUCUCCUGUACGUGUACCAAGCUCUUCAGGUGGUGAUCUUCUUCAUGAUCUACUUGGUGUCAAUAUUUCAUUCGCAGCUCAACAGUCUGAUGCUACUCCACCCUCAGAAAAUGGCACAGAUGUUCUCUUGGAUCUGUUAUCUAUUGGAUCGCCUUCUGCACCAACUAAAUCACCUGCACAAAGCAACUCAUCUACAAUAGACAUAUGGUCCCCCCAACCAAGUAAGAAGUCACCACUUUCACCAUUAGAUGAUCUGUCAUCACUUUCACCUUCUCCUAGAACAACUUCAAAUGCUGGAGCCGCUCCUUUAGUGGAUUCAUUAGAUGGUUUUGUCCCCAGCCCACCAACAGAAGACAACAAUGAACUGGUUUAUCCAUCUAUAACUGCAUUUGAGAGUAGCUCCUUGAGGUUGGUGUUCAAUUUCUCAAAACAGCCAGGAAACUUACAAACUACGAACAUUCGGGCUACCUUUACAAAUUUGACCUCAAAUGUAUAUACAGAUUUUGUUUUUCAGGCUGCAGUUCCAAAGUUUCUUCAGUUGCACUUAAAUCCAGCUAGCGGCAAUAUCCUCACUGCUAGUGGAAAGGAGUCCAUCACGCAAAAUAUGAGACUUACUAAUUCUCAACAUGGAAAGAAGUCUCUUGUCAUGCGCAUAAAGGUAUCGUACAAAAUAAAUGGCAAAGAGACAAUGGAAGAAGGACAAAUCAAUAACUUUCCUCGUGAGUUAUGAGGAAUUUUUACGCACUUUAGUCUUUUGAGGAAUUUUCAUGAUCUAUUCUUUCAUGAGGUCUCGGUACGGUUCAUGCAAUUAACUGGGAUCACUUUUUGGGAUCAAGUUGUGGUCUGUUUGGUGGCUUCACAUCUUCCAUUAGUACAGAAUAUUCCUGCAUGAAAAAGUCAAUCUUUUUCCCUUUUUUUUGGUUUCGAGGCAAAGAGUAUUUGCAUCAUGUUGAAUUCCAUAGGUGCUAACUAUUUUCUUUGAAGGUGCUUCGGUCAAUGCGUUUCAGGCUAUAAGUGUUGCAUGUAGUUUAAUAUCUCAUACGGAUUUAAGAUACUAGUCAUAUUUGUUUAUCUAUCUAUUGUAAUAUGUAUGUAAAAGAUCAGACAAGGGUUUUAAUGUUGAUAUCUAGCAUAGAAGUCAGAGUGUGGAUUAUGCUGUUGACAUCUCAAUUAUUAAUUUUGAUUAUUUUAAUGCUCCAUUUAUAUA